GGGGGUCGUGAGGCUGCCCCCCACUCUCGGCCCUACAUGGUCUCGCUGCAGGAGGCAGGCAGCCACCUGUGCGGGGGAGUCCUUGUGCACCCAAAGUGGGUGUUGACCGCUGCCCACUGCCUGGAACCACCGACGGCAAGGCUGAGGCUGGUGCUGGGCCUGCACACCCUGGCCGACCCCAAUCACCGGGGCCUCUCCUUCCCCAUCAGGGUGGCCGUGCCCCACCCAGGCUACCAGGCAGCCCCCAAGCUGAAGAACGACCUCGCCUUGCUGAAGCUGGCUGGAAAGGUAAAUUCCACCAAGACCAUCCGGCCGCUGUCCCUGCCCAGCAAGCGCAAGGUCCUGCCGGCGGGCGCGAGGUGCAGCAUGGCCGGCUGGGGGCUGACCCGCCCAGGGGGACCACCAGCCCAGGCGCUGCAGGAGCUGGACGUGCGUGUGCUGGACUCCCGGAUGUGUAACAACAGCCGCUUCUGGCACGGCGAGCUCUCGGCACACGAGGUCUGCUUCUCAGCGGACUCCCCAGACCGGGCCCCCUGCAAGGGUGACUCUGGCGGGCCGCUGGUGUGUAGCCCAGGGUCGGUGGCCGGGAUCCUGUCCUUCAGCUCCAAGACGUGCACCAACGUGUUCAGGCCGCCCGUGGCCACUGCUGUGGCCCCUUACCUGUCCUGGAUCAGGAAGGUCAUGCGUCAGGCUGGUCCAGCACUGCAGAAUGGAGAGGGGCCCCCGGGUGCCCCUUACUCAGUGGGGAGGGACCCGUGAGGGGCAGUGAGGGGACAGGGCAUGUCUUGGGAGACCAAUAAAUGAUAAUAAAGGCUGCCUCA